UGGCGCGUUAAAUGUAAACAAAUAUUUUGCUACAUGUCAUUGAUUAAUACAAUAAAUUAACGCUUAUAAUAUUACAAUUGUUUAAUAAAAAAUGAGUAAAUCCAAUAAAAUGUUUGCCGAUAAGGCAUUUGAAUUAGUUAAAGAAUUGGAAAGAUCAUCACAAACAAUACCAGCUUUUGAUGAUGAUGGUGUCAGACAAGUUUUGGAAGAAAUUAAAGCUAUAUUUGAAGAAAAUUGUGCACAAGCAGCCAACUAUUCCACAUCAGGUGAUCGCACAUUAUGGCCUUUAUUAAAUUUUCGUCAUGCUGCUUUGCAGCGCAAUAAAAGAUGCCUCCUCACCUAUUUGCAUCAACGUUUACAGAGAAUUAAAGCUUUACGUUGGGAAUUUGGUCCGAUUGUGCCAUCCGAUAUUAAAGUAAAUCUUUGCGAACCAGAAGUUACAUUUUUCAAUAAAUAUUCCAAAUCUUUGGCCUCCUAUAUGCGUUCUAUAGGCGAUGGCCAAGGUAUUGAUCUAACCGGUGAUCUUCGUCCACCAAAAUCGCUAUAUAUUGAAGUACGUUGUGUGGAGGAUUUUGGCAAAUUUGAAUUGGAAGAUGGAGAAGUUAUUUAUCUAAAGAAAAAUAGUCAACAUUAUUUGCCACGAUCACAGGUAGAAACGUUGGUAAGACAAGGUAUUUUACAACAUAUUGUUUAAGUUUAUAUUUUUAUCUCUCUCUAUUUAUGUUAAUAUAGAAUUAUUUUUGUUUAAACUAAAAAUAUUGUAUUUUUUAUAUAAACUAGGAAGUGAUAUGUACAAUAUUAUAUAUACGCAAAUAUUGCAGUUGAUGUGUCAAAUUAGUUCCGUAAAAGACCGCAAAAAAUCAUAUCUAAC